AUGGCUAUCUCGUGUAGCAUGAAAAUACGGUUAGCAAUGACAGUUAUUGGAAUUUUCUCUGGUAUUUCAGCGGGACUUUGCUUUGCUAUUAUGUAUCAGAAUUGGAGUGCUACGACAAUGGCUUUUGUAAGUUCUUUAGCUGCUGCUCAACUCUUAGAAAUACAUCGAAAGCAUAUAAAAGGAAAUAUUUUGAUGUUAUCCAAUGGAAAAAUUAAUGCAAUUUUUGCUUUUAAUUGUAUUUUAUGUACGCUGUGUGUUGGAGGUGUUAUUAUGUGCCUUUGUUUGGCUGGAAUUUGGCACCAAACUUUAACUCAUGAAGGUUUAAUGCAUGAAAAUCUCUGGAUAACGGCAGUAUGGUUUUGGAUGACUAUGAAGUGGACAUUUGCAUCCGCUUGGUUUAUUCAUCAUUAUUCCUCAGAAGUAAUCUAUUUAUUGCCACAAAAUGACCAACAUUAA